UUCACAUUACGAACUUGAUAGUAUGAGCUGGUUUCUACCUUGCUUUACUGACACAGAAAUCUAAGAAUGAAGAAAAAGCAGCAAGAGUAGACAAUAAAGCCGAUAUAAAUUUUCCAUAGUUUGGACAAAAGAACCUUUUACCCACCUGUGUUCUCAAGUCUCAUUAUUAUCUUUACUUUCUUUACUCUCCCUCUUAUACUAUACCAACACAAUCCCACUCUUUCUAAUCUCAAACUUUGGUUACAAAUGGCUAGAGUAGGAGGCAUAUUUCUUUGUCUCCUCAUUGUUAUCAUGGAUGUAGCAGCUGGGAUUCUGGGCUUCGAAGCUGAAACAGCACAAAACAAGGUUAAGCAUUUGAAGGUGUGGAUAUUUGAGUGUAGAGAGCCAAGUCAUGAUGCUUUCAUGCUGGGGUUGGGUGCUGCAGUGCUUUUGGGACUAUCUCAUGUUAUAGCCAACUUGAUAGGUGGCUGUAGUUGUGUUUGUUCUCAACAAGAAUUUGAGAAAGCUUCCUCCAACAAACAACUAUCUGUGCUUUGCCUUAUUUUAACCUGGGUGGUGGCGGCGGCGGGAUUGUCAAUGCUGGUGAUAGGGUCCAUGUCAAACAACAGGGCAGAUGGUUCUUGUGGUUUCUCACACCAUCACUUUCUGUCCAUUGGUGGGAUUUCCUGUUUUGUCCAUGGUUUAUUCUGUGUUAUAUAUUACGUUUCUGCUACUGCCUCUAUGGAUUAGUAUUUUUGUAUCAUGAUAAUAACAUCUAGAUGUCACUUAGAUAUUGAUGUAUUAGUAGUGCUUUUGGAGUGUGACUUUUCUAUAUGUUGCUCUAGAAUAUGUUUAGAAGACUUUCUUACUUAUUGUACUGAGAAAAGGAUUCCAUUGUAUGAGUUAAGAGGUAAUACUGGCUUCUAUACGGAU